GGCCACGGAGGAGGCGGCGUAGCGCGGCCCGGCCCCGCCCGCCAUGAGGCCGCAGCAGGCGCCCGUGUCCGGCAAGGUCUUCAUCCAGCGGGAUUACAGCAGCGGCACCCGGUGCCAGUUCCAGACCAAGUUCCCCGCCGAGUUGGAAAACCGGAUUGACCGGCAGCAGUUUGAAGAAACAGUUCGUACUCUAAAUAACCUUUAUGCAGAAGCAGAAAAACUUGGGGGCCAAUCUUAUCUUGAAGGCUGUUUAGCUUGUUUGACAGCAUAUACUAUCUUUUUGUGCAUGGAAACACAUUAUGAAAAGGUUCUGAAGAAAAUCACCAAAUAUAUUCAGGAACAGAAUGAGAAGAUUUACGCUCCACAGGGCCUCCUUCUGACAGACCCAAUUGAGAGAGGACUUCGUGUUAUUGAAAUUACCAUUUAUGAAGACAGAGGCAUGAGCAGUGGAAGAUAAACCAUGGAGUCCAAGAGUCCAUCUCAGAAUGGGACUCUCUUCUGUCCACCGGCCAACUGCAGAGUGUCCCCUACCUCCUCUCCAAGCAUCAUUCCUUUGUAUCUGCUGCCAGAGCCAUGGUGCCAUUCUACUCCAAGGACUAACUUUCUAAAAUUCCGCUCCUGGGGUGACAUCUUGUCACUCAGCAUCCACUUUGUGUCUUUAAACUAUGUAGGACUCUGUAAUCUUUGUAGUUAUUUCUGAGAAAAUAUAAUGAAGCAUUUCACUUUUUUAAUUCAAAACAAUUUAAUAAAAUGAGCUGUGUAAAUCAGCCCAAUCCAAAAUCCAUUUCUUAUCUGCCACCAGGACUAUUGAUUCUGCUCAGUAUUUAUGCUGUCCUCUCUACCAGGUGGUUUUUUUUUUUUUUAUUUCAGCAAGUCAUAUCCAGGUUUGGUUUCAUUUCCCCUGAAUUGAAGAAUGUUUUUUUUCUUCCGGACAUGGUUUUUGAUGAGGGGUAAGCUGUGCCUGUGGCCUGCUGACACAUUUCCUAGACCUCAAGGAACUCACACGAUUGCCAGAAGAUCUGUCUCUACUGUUAGUUUCUCAUACUGAAGCUCAUUGGAAAGAUAAUGUAUAAUGCUUUUUGUUUUCAAUGUAGCACUUAUUUACUAAGUGAACCAGUAUUUCAUGUGAUUUCCAGUUACCUUGAUUCUCCUUGGAGAAUUUUAUCAUUACUGCAUUGCCAUGAACGUUGGGAGGAUGUAGUAUGUGUUGCUUGUUUUAUUCAAACUAUGUAAGCACAAUAAAGUGGAUGCUAAAUCAGACCUGUAGACAUCCUUGCUCUGUCCCUGAAUGUGUAAUAAGCAAGUGUAAUGAACAUUUUCCUUAUGGCUUUAUUAUAAAUAUAACUUAUGGGGAAAAUAAUUUGGUAGGAAUAAUACUGUAUGUGCUCAUUUUUCUUUAACUGUUUCCACUGGCAAAACUUAUGAAUCAUAAACCUUUCUUGAAUUCAGUAUUCAGGAUGCACAUAAAUCUUGUAAUUAGUUCAGGUAAAAUAAUGUGAAUGUUUCCUGAGUAAAAUUCCCAAAAAUCUAAUUUGAUACUUGUUUCUCUUCUACCUACAUUCUUCAUGACAGUGUUUUCCAAGACCUUGAAAUUAAGUUAAUCAUUAUGGUUUGAGAGCAUUAUUCUUUGGAAAGAGCUAAGGGAUUUACUAGAAAAGAAUGAAAGAAUUAAAGUUCUACUCCCAGUGAUAUUGUAGGUGCUAAUACUGGAUCUAAUCUUCCAGAUUUAAUUUCUGUUAUGGAUUUGUUAGUCAUUCAUCUAAACCCCAGAGGCUUGUUAAUAUUUUAAUUGUAUAAAACCCUUUUUGUUUUUCUAUAGCCUGUAACGGUAUGUCUGUCUGCCUUUCACACCCAUUGCAAUAACUUUGCCCAAAUAUUAAUGCAUUAGUAAAACUUUUCUUAAAUAAA